AAAUACAAAACCAAAAUAAUCUCACCUUCUCCGAAACUACAAAAUGACUCGUUAGUUCCCCUGCUUUUGAAACCAGCGGGAAUCUUUGUCCAGAGGAGAUUGUCUUUUAUAAUCUUUAACCAUCUGCAUCGAAAAUGGCUGAUGACAAGGUGAAAACCAUUGAGAAUAAUGCUGAGGAUGUUGUUGAAAGUCCAGAGAUACAUUUUGAGCCAAUCGUGCAGCUUGCCCCAAUUGAUGUGAAAACGAUGGAGGAAAAUGAAGAGGAACUUGUCAGACUUCGAGCAAAAUUGUUCCGCUAUGUGAAUUCUGAUUCACCCGAAUGGAAAGAGCGAGGUACCGGUGAUGUGAAGUUACUCCGCAAUAAGGACUGUGAUCAAAUCCGAUUGGUGAUGCGUAGAGACAAGACAUUCAAGAUUUGUGCCAACCACUACAUAACUAAAAACAUGGAGUUGAAACCGAGCAGCGGCAGCGAUCGGGCCUGGGUCUGGAGCACACUGGCUGACUUUGCUGAUGAAAAAACCAAACCUGAGCUGUUGGCAAUUAAAUUUGCCAAUUCUGAAAAUGCACAGUUAUUUAAAGAGAAAUUUGAGGAAGCGAAAAAAAUAGUUCUCAGAAAUUGUCCAGAGUCUUCCAGUGAAUCUGAAGAAGAACUUGCAGACAAGAUUGAUAAAAUGAAAGUGUCAUCCUCAGAAAGUGCCAAGAAAGAAGAGAAAAAUGAAACCAGUUCCCCAGAGAAAGAAACGGAAAAGUCGUCCUGUACAAAAGAUGACAGUACAACUUCUGUCAGUGAAAACAAAGAGACUUAGCUAUGCCAGCCCUCCCCCCAUGCCCCUCCCUUUUCUUCCUUAUACUACAUUCUUUUUAUCAUAUUCCCUUUUUGUCCCUUUCCAGUAUGCUUGCAUUCAUCUUCUCAACUAAUGUCGCCAGGAUCAGCCAGGCCUCGUUGAUUUAUUUUCUUAAUAUAACUUCAUAUAUAAUAAUAAUAAUAAUAAUAUAAACAAUUAUCAUGCUCUUUGGCUUUCAUUUUCUUUCUCCAUACUUUCUCUCUCUCUCUUUUAUUAUUCAUUUCUAUUUCUAACUCUGUGGGACAUUGUCCAUGGCUGCCACAUAUAUACUCCUGGAUCUUGGAGACAUUAAGUAUUUGAAUCUGUGGUUUUUUUUUUGUUGCUAUGAUUAAAAGAUUUUUUAUAUCAUCAACAAAAGCUGUGUGAACACGGUUAGCUUUCAUGUCAUUGGCAUCAUUUAAGAGUUUUCAAAGUUCUCUUCAACCAACAGACACUGUUGAUUAUAUUUGGCUCCUGGAUGAAAAAGUGUCAAAUCAAGAAUUGAUUUGUAGGCCUCCACUAGACAUUUUUUAUAUAUACAUAUAUAUAUAAUUUGUGAUUUUUAUUGUAAAUAUACAAUUUCUAGCCACUCUGCUUUACUUUUUUUUCCCCUUCUCUGAAUUAAUUUAACUUUCUUUACAGAGUUUUUUUUUUUAAUUCUCUGUCUUUUUUAAUUCUUGCAAUUUUGUAAAUGAAGAAAAGACAACUGCAUGGUUGGUCAUCUCAUUUUUCUUUUUCUUUUUUUUUUGGUUCCACCAGCACAUUUGCAUCUUUCACCAUUUUCUUAUGUAAAGCUGAGUAUGUGUUAGACUGUUCCUCCUGCCCCACCCCCAUUGCUGGAGAGUAAGAAAUGAUGGUAAGUAGUCUUCAGGUGAGAAUUAUUUCCCCUAACCCCAUCCCCCACUCUUCUCUCUGGCAGCCACAGCUGCCAACUUUGUAUGAUUGCUAAUACAAGAAUAGCUGUUUUUUCUUAAAAGGUUUCUAUUUAUUCCUUAACUUUUUUAAAAAUAAAUAUCACUAUAGCAACAAAAUG